AAUACCAUAUAAUAUCAAUUGAUUUCACCUAACCGCAUUAACACAGAACUUAAGUUAUUCCUUAGCAUUAUGUAUUCAGUCUUUCACUCGUUCAGAAUGAAGCCUUUACUGUUUGGCACUCCCUUCAGCUGUGCGGUCUUCAUUUUUGUGUACUGUCUCAUUUCCCUUUUUAUUUGGCUCAUGUAUACGGAUAACCUAUCAAACGCCAUUGUUGACUUUGAGUUCUAUUCGAUUGACAACCUGGGCGACCAGGGAAAAGAGGCCCAUUUGCAGAUGACGAAGAGAGAUUUUGUGAUCGCCGAGGAGCAGUACGGAAGAUAUCAAUACAAUGCGUGGCUCUCCGAAAGAAUUCCGCUGAAACGAACUCUACAAGAUUACAGGGAAGAGGAAUGUGUGAACGUCACCUAUUCUUCGGAGAAAAAGGUUACUGUUAGCAUUAUUAUAGCUUACCAACUGGAGCAUCCCCACACCCUUCUGCGAACCAUCCACAGUGUCGUAGAGCAAACAUCAUCCUAUGAAGACACAGAGAUAAUACUAAUUCACGACGGAUUAGCCGAUAGAGAUGUGUUUGAUUACAUUUCGCAUAAGCUUCCCAUGGUUAUACAGCUGGAAGCAGAAACCAUAAUGGGACUCAUUCAGGCUCGCUUGAUUGGAGCAAGGAUAGCAAAUGGAGAUAUUCUCGUGUUCCUAAGUGCCCACAUGGAGGUCACGACGGGUUGGCUUCCUCCCUUGCUGGAACCCAUCUUGCUGCACAACCAAACCGUCACCGAGCCCAUUAUGGAUGCCAUUUCCAGAGAGACCUUUGCCUACCAGAAGCUGACAGAACCAGAGCAGCUGGCGUUCAAUUGGCAGUUGGAACACACCUUCAUACCCUUGGACCAGAUCUCCGGGAACAACUUUCCCAAGCCAUAUGCGACCUCCCAACUGGAUGGUCGGGUUUUCGCAAUAGAUCGCAAUUGGUUCUGGCACCUGGGAGGAUGGGAUGAGGGCCUCCAGGACAAUGGGGGCGAUGCCCUGGAACUCAGCCUGAAAACGUGGCAGUGUGGUGGGAGCAUCCUCACUGUUCCCUGCUCCCGAGUCGGCAUCAUCUACAAAAGGGAUGAGAUAGAGGCUCAAAUGGCCCCGAAUAAAAAUCCAAACCUACGAGUUAGAAAGAACUUCAAGCGGGUUGUUGAUGUCUGGUUCGACGAAUUUAAGCUGCAUUUCUAUCGCUACAACCCGAGGCUGGGAAAUCUCACGGCGGAGUCACUGGAUAAACCGCGAGAUCUUCGACGUCGCCUCAAUUGCAAAUCCUUCGGAUGGUACAGAAGCCAAAUAGCGCCGCUGCUAAGGAACCACUUCCUUCACGCCGGACUUUCCAACUUGGGGGUCGGUCAGAUAAUGCCCUUUGUGGCGCCCGAGUAUUGCCUAUCUAUCAAGGGAAGGUUUCUUAUCAUGAGGAAAUGCAAUUCAACCAACUUCGAAGACUGGACACUCACGUCCCACUGCCAGCUUAAGCUAGGUCAAAUGUGUCUGCAUGUAGACUCCAAGAACAACGUGAACGUUGUGGGGUGCACUAAAAAGGUACCGAAAAACCUCUGGCAAUAUAGUUAUCAGCACAGGUCAUUUGUUAGCAAUGGAAACCAUUGUCUGCAAAUUGACGUCACAAAAGUGGGUCUAAAAGUGAAUACCUGUGACUCAGAUCUGGCCGAACAACGUUGGAUGUUCACUGGAGUGCAGGACUCAAAACUAGAUCAUGCCAUGACCGCAUGCUUAAAUACAAACCAUUAAACAAUCCA